ACGCGUGCGGACCGGCGGCGCAGCGCUCGCUGCCAAAAAGGGGCAGAGUAGAGUAAUGCGAAAAUUGUCAAAUACCUGGUGCGCGGCGGUGGUGAUACCCCGGUGAGCUUGCGUUAGCGUGGUGCGACGAGCAGCUUACAGCUGUGCAAAGAGCUGCGCGAUGUCGAGCACCCUGGAGAACAAGAUUCUGAAUCUGCAGGAACGUCUGCGGGCGGAAAACGAGUCGCGAGACAGAGACAGGCAGGGCGGCGAGGUUGGUCCGACCGCGGGUCUGCAGUCGUCGUCGUCGACGGGCCCUGCGUCUAGUCCUGCACUCCGCAGGCCCCGACAACUCGGAGACAUGGGUACUCCAACGCGAGCCAGAAGACAGCUGGAUCUGCCGGUAUCGCAGAUGGUACCGCCAAAGAAACACGACGUCGAGUUCGAGUCGAAACUUCAAGAAAUCAUGAAGAUGAAUGGUAUGCUGAAUAUCAAUGGCCAAAGGUAUCAGACAGAGAUGAAGGACUUGGAGCAUUUAGGCGAGCUCGGCAAUGGUACGUGCGGCCAUGUCGUCAAGAUGAGGCACAAACCUAGCGGCGUGGUGAUCGCUGUGAAGCAGAUGAGACGUUCCGGCAAUGCGGAGGAGAACAAGAGGAUAAUCAUGGACCUCGACGUUGUGCUCAAGUCACACGAUUGCCCUUAUAUUGUACAGUGUCUUGGCUGCUUCAUUACGGAAUCCGACGUAUGGAUAUGCAUGGAACUGAUGGCGACGUGCUUGGACAAGUUGCUGAAGCGCAGCAGACAGGCGAUACCAGAGGAUUUUUUAGGCAAAGUCACAGUAGCGACAGUAAAGGCGUUGUCGUACCUGAAAGAGAAGCAUGGUGUCAUCCAUAGGGACGUGAAGCCUAGCAACAUAUUGCUGGAUGAGUCGGGCGGAGUAAAGCUUUGCGAUUUCGGCAUAUCUGGCAGAUUAGUCGACAGCAAAGCGAAAACGAGAAGCGCGGGCUGCGCGGCGUAUAUGGCUCCUGAGAGGAUAGAUCCACCUGAUCCAACCAAGCCGGAUUACGACAUAAGGGCGGAUGUGUGGAGUCUGGGCAUUACUCUGGUGGAACUAGCUACGGGAAUAUUUCCUUACCGAGACUGCAAGACUGACUUCGAGGUGCUGAGCAGGGUAGUGCAAGACGAUCCACCGUCUCUGCCGCAGGACGCACUCUUCUCCAAGGAGUUUAGGAACUUCGUCACCUGCUGCCUUACGAAGAACUACAAGCAUCGGCCAAAGUACCACAAGCUCAUGGAACACCCGUUCAUCCGCAAGUACGACAUGCCGUUGGACGGCGAGACCGCCUCGCCGAAUUCCGGCUAUCAGUGGUUCGGCAGAGUUAUGCGGCAAUUAGAACCAAGUUUCAGGUUACCGGGAGGGCAGCAGCGAGUCUCGGGCCAUGUGUCCCUGAAACAGACGGCGGCGCACUUCCGGGCGCAGUCCGACAUACCGGCCUUCCUCAGGAGCAACAACGCGACGGCCAAAGAGCCGAACUUCUUGCCGUCGUUCCACCAGCGUUCCAACAGCGAGAACGGCGCCGCCAGCUACGUGUCCUACAGCCCGUACGCGUUGCGCCGCAAGGACCGGCCGUUCUCGCCGCCGACCUCCAAGGACGCGGACUCGGAGGGACAGCCGCCUCGGCCGUUCUCACCUUACCGACAGCUGGAGCAGUCCGGUAACCGUUGCUCGACGAAUGGCCGGCAGGAGAGGCCGUUCUCCCCGUACAGGCAGCAGGACGCGAACCUGGUGGACGGCAACGGCCGGUCCUACUCUCCCUAUCGCAGCAGCCGCUACGAGGAGCGCGAUUCGAGCAAGGAUCGAUGGCAGAACGUGUCGAGAUCGCUCAGCCCCUUCGCCAGGGACUAUUCUCCCUGGCGGCGGGAGAACGUCGAUCCGCCCGGCGUGAUCCCGCCGUCCUGCGACAGCGGCCGUUACUCACCGUUUCUGCAGCAACGACUGGCGCAACCGCCGCCGCCGCCCGCACCUCAGACCCAUCCUCCGCAGGACAUCUACGGCAGCCCGAUGAUCAGCCGCAAGAGGUUUCCUUCGGAGCCACCACCGCAGGGAUCCCACGGGUCCACUAGUCCGCAAUUGCUAAUCUCCCGCUUUGCGCAUCAGCUUAAGCAGGAGUCUCCGCCUUCGUCGGCGGUUGCGAUGCCGCCACAACAGCAGAGUGCUGGCUCCAAGGAAUCCGCGAAGAAGCGCUUCGCGUCUUACGUGCGCCUCAGGCUCGGCAGUGAACGCGCUCCUUCGCCGGAGCCACCGCCGAGACUGAGUCGUGGCGAGUCACCGCUCGCCCUUAGGAGGAAUUUAGUAGAACAGGCGUCUCCUUCCUGUCCGCGAAGGUACGUCUCGCCUUCUCCACCUCAGCCGCCACCCAGGAGACUGUCGGAGAGCAAUUCCGUGCCCGGUAGCCCGCAGCACGUGCGAGCCCGUCUGCGCUACACUCCGGAACCUCAGAGGAGACCUCCGCCGCCAUAACCCACCGCUACCGUUAAGCCUUAUUCCUUGUUAUUGGUGCCAUACGCGACACGGUAUGUCCGUGGUGCAAUCGCGUGCACUACGUAGUAGCGAGGUGCGUCGUACUCGGCGACGACGGUUGCGCACAGAGCGAGUAUACGGUACACACGCACACACGUAUACGGUGUUCUCGAGGACAACGCUGUAAACCAAAAACAAAAAAAAGAGAAAUAAAAUAUGGAGAAGCAUGUUCUUUAAUACUCGAGCCGCCGCGUUCGCGGCGGUUUGUACGCGUCGAAGGCUGUACGAGAGGUCGAUUUAGCGUGCGAAACGGCUGAAAUUGUCUUUUUCUAGAUGAAAAUCGCAAAAAAGAAGAAAAAAAGAAGGUAAAACUCACUUCGAAAGAGAGAGAGAGAGGGGGGGGGGGAGGUCUGAUGCAGCUCUCUCACGUCGGUGAAUAUAUCGGGUCGACAAAUAUUUUUCUGGAUUUCUUAUCGAUGUGUCUCUAGAGUAGGAAGAAGCAAAAGGGGAUGAGAAGAAACGACGCUUCUCGAAGUUUUUAAACGCGCUUCACACGCUAAACUCGCUUUCUGCACGGUCGUAGCCUUUUAGCGAGGCCUGCGUUUCGCACAUGCGAGGAACGUUCGCGCUGCGACGAAACCGCGAACGGUCCUCGCGACGUUUGCACACGGCUUUCUAAGUCGCCGUCGCGAAUCGAACUACCUUCGUCAAUGGAUCCUCCUCUCGACGUGUAUUUAUAAUAGGACGCAAAAGGGAAACACGAUGCUCAACUUUUUUAUAUCGCUUGCGUGUAAAGGAGUGCAGAAUGACGACGACGACGACGAUGACUGACGGUGACGAUGACGACGGAGGAGCAACAAAGAUGCACCGCGAUGUUUUUUCUAAAAACAAAAAGAGAGAAAAAAUAUAUUAACACAUGUAUACACACACACAAACACUGGGGAGAUACGGCGCCGUGGCGAAAACGCGUAAACCGUUCCUAUCGUUCUUCGUUUACGCUUCUUUCUCUCGAGCUUGAGAAUUUUGUCACGCUAAGGAGAAAGAGAUAGAGAGAAGAGGAGAGAGAGAGAGAGAGAGAGAGAGAGAGAGAGAGUGAGCGAGCGAGGGGACAUUGCAACGAAACUCACUCUCUUCUCUCGGACGGCCUUGCGGUAUCUCUGCGACUCGAAUUACAGCGAUUCUCAGCGACUUUUCCACGUUUUAUUAUUAAUAUUAUUAUUACGACUAUUAUAUGUUAUUUAUAUAUAUGAAGUAAUACCAAACGCGCGAGCGAGCCGUACGUUCAGAAACCCGGCGUUGAGAUCGAACGCGAAAUUCGAGAGGGAUACGUUAUCGUCCACACUCGACUUCUCCGUAACGAGAUAAAGUAAAACGGAGGCACAAUAAUGUUGCAGUGGCACGCCUUACUCGUAGAAUUUUACUACAAAUUCACGAAUGUAUAUUACUACUCAGUCGGCAGAGCGUGCGAGAGGCGUCACACGGUUAGGAUGUUGUAAUUAAUUAUUUUUAAUUAACAUUUAAUCCCAAACUACGUUCAAGUCUACACUCGUAAUCACCUUUGUCGCUUAUUUGACAAAAGGAUCUGUUGCAAUGUAAAUAAACUUAUAUUUAUACGAGUCACA